AUGAGCAAUUCCAAUAAAGUUUAUGUCAUCGGCGGAGGAGUGUGCCCUUUCAGAAUGCCGAAAUCUAAAAACAGUCUGGACUACACGCAAUAUGCCCGCAUUGCAUGCACUAAGGCACUCGAGGAUGCCGACUUGAAGUAUGAGGAUGUUACUGUGGCUGUGGCCGCGUGGAACUACGGCGACACAGCCACCGGUCACAGAGCUCUCUAUGAGAUGGGCCUCACUGGAAUUCCAAUCGUCAACACCAACGUGAACUGUUCAGCGGGCAGCUGCGGUUUGUUCGUCGGGCGAACACUUCUCAAGGCUGGGACUUGCGGGGACGUUUGCCUCGUUGUUGGUAUGGAGCAGAUGGAACGCGGCCUGAGCGAAUCGAAGUACACAGAUAGGGAGAACCCUGUUGGUCCUCAGUUGAAACACGUGCACAAAUUGGGUAGUCCGACAGAGCUGAUAAAACCAACGAUGAAUCAAUGGACUUCGGAUGUAUGCAGAAUGUUCGCUGGUGCGGCUGAAGAAUACGCCACCAAUUACUGCCCGGAUGAUCACGACAAGUUCUGUCGGUACUUGGCUGAUAUUACCGUCAAGAAUCGAGCUCAUGGCACUCAGAAUCCAGACGCGUGCAUCAGAAGCGCCACGACGAGGGAGAAGGUCCUCAGCCGGCCGUUCUGUGGGUCGAUAUCCGAGGCGAUGUCUGCUCCUACUGCUGACGGUGCCGCGGCGGUUAUUAUAUGUUCAGAGCGUUGGCACCGAUGUCGCGAGUUCGUUCAAAAUGGUCAUGCCACGGAGAUAUGUGCACAGAGCAUGGUCACUGAUCUUGCUUCGAGUUUUGGCGAUACGUAUGCUGGGCUAUGCGGUAUUGAAAUGGCCAGGAAAGCUGCUGGGACCUGUUAUAAGGAAUCCGGGUUAGGCCCCAAAGACGUCAAUGUCGUGGAGCUGCAUGACUGCUUCUCGAUCAACGAGCUGUUGUUAUAUGAGGCUCUUGGCUUCGCUCCUCCAGGACAGGGCCUGGCGAUGGUGGAAAAUAUGCGCUGGCGAGAAAACAGUGAAGGCGGGAAAUACUGUGAACAACAGACGGUCAUUGGGUCAAGUGUUGUUAUCAAUCCUUCCGGAGGACUCGAAUCGAAAGGGCACCCGAUAGCAGCGACUGGAGUAGCGCAAUGUGUUGAACUCCAUCGACAGCUGACAAGGAAGGCUGGAAAAAGACAGGUCCCCGGCGCUCGAGUUGGGCUUCAGCACAACUUUGGUUUCGGUGGAGCGGCGGUGGUAACACUAUAUAGAUCUGCCACCCCACAGCAUAAGCUGUAG